AGCAGAGGAAGCCGAGUGGCGGCCAUCUUGGGUCCGUGAGGCUCUGAGGUGCCGGGAGCGGCGGCGGCGGCGGCCAGCAGGGCGGAGGCUGAGGCGAAAAGCGAGCGGGAGAGAGGAAAGCAGCCGGGCGCAGGCGCCUCCGCCGCAGCCCCCUCCAUGGUCGGCGCCCGCAGCCCGCGGCGGCCUGUCUUGCGUUCCACCUUCUCCACAUCCUCUUCCGCCUCCUCCUCAGGGGCUGCCGGCGGCGCUGUGUGGAGGCCCCGGAGCUGAAACCCGGGGCGCAACGGGCGCGAGCGGAGGCGGAGGAGGCCAGGCGGCCCGGGCCCGCGGCGUGCGCUGAGGCGCGGGGCCGCCGCCGCCGCCGGGCUCCUCGCCGCGGCCGCCCGGGCAGGGGAGGAUGAGCCCCGGGAGCCGCCGGGGCACGGCCCGGGCCAGGCCCGGGAUCUAGGCGGCCGCGGGGGGAGGGGCCGCGCGCCGGCUUCCUGGGCUGUGCCGUUUUGUUCUCGCCCGCGCCCUGUGCGAACCCGAGCGCAGUAAAAUGUCCACUCGGACUCCGCUGCCCACGGUGAAUGAACGAGACACUGAAAACCACACGUCACAUGGAGAUGGGCGUCAAGAAGUUACCUCUCGCACUGGGCGCACUGGAGCUCGGUGUAGAAACUCCAUAGCUUCCUGUGCAGAUGAACAACCUCAUAUCGGAAACUACAGACUGUUGAAAACAAUCGGCAAGGGAAAUUUUGCAAAAGUGAAAUUGGCAAGACAUAUCCUUACAGGCAGAGAGGUUGCCAUAAAAAUAAUUGACAAAACUCAGUUGAAUCCAACAAGUCUACAAAAGCUCUUCAGAGAAGUACGAAUAAUGAAGAUUUUAAAUCAUCCAAACAUAGUGAAGUUAUUUGAAGUCAUUGAAACUGAAAAAACACUCUACCUAAUCAUGGAGUAUGCAAGCGGAGGUGAAGUUUUUGACUAUUUGGUUGCACAUGGAAGAAUGAAGGAAAAAGAAGCAAGAGCUAAAUUUAGACAGAUCGUGUCUGCAGUACAGUACUGCCACCAAAAACGAAUCGUGCACAGAGACCUCAAGGCUGAAAAUCUAUUGUUAGAUGCGGAUAUGAACAUUAAAAUAGCAGACUUUGGUUUCAGCAAUGAGUUUACUGUUGGCAGUAAACUGGAUACGUUUUGUGGCAGUCCUCCGUACGCAGCCCCCGAGCUCUUCCAGGGCAAGAAGUACGAUGGGCCAGAAGUUGACGUGUGGAGUCUUGGCGUCAUCCUGUACACGCUAGUCAGCGGGUCCCUUCCCUUUGACGGGCAAAAUCUAAAGGAACUGAGAGAGAGAGUAUUAAGAGGGAAAUACAGAAUCCCUUUCUACAUGUCCACAGACUGUGAAAACCUCCUCAAACGCUUCCUGGUGCUGAAUCCAAUCAAACGAGGCACUCUAGAGCAAAUCAUGAAGGACAGGUGGAUCAAUGCAGGGCAUGAGGAAGACGAACUAAAACCAUUUGUCGAACCUGAACUAGACAUCUCCGAUCAGAAGAGAAUAGAUAUUAUGGUGGGAAUGGGAUAUUCACAAGAAGAAAUUCAAGAAUCUCUUAGUAAAAUGAAAUAUGAUGAAAUCACAGCAACGUAUUUGUUGUUGGGGAGAAAAUCUUCAGAGCUGGAUGCUAGUGAUUCCAGUUCUAGCAGCAAUCUCUCACUUGCUAAGGUCAGGCCGAGCAGUGACCUCAACAACAGUACUGGUCAGUCUCCUCAUCACAAAGUACAGAGAAGUGUUUCUUCAAGCCAGAAACAGAGAAGGUACAGUGACCAUGCUGGACCAGCUGUUCCUUCUGUUGUGGCCUAUCCAAAACGGAGUCAGACCAGCACUGCAGAUAGUGACCUCAAAGAAGAUGGAAUCCCCUCCCGGAAAACGGGCGUCAGUGCUGCUGCAGGAAAGGGGAUUGCUCCAGCCAGCCCAAUGCUUGGCAAUGCAAGUAAUCCCAAUAAGGCAGAUAUUCCUGAACGCAAGAAAAGCUCUGCUGUCCCUAGUAGUAACACAGCAUCUGGUGGAAUGACACGGCGAAAUACUUACGUUUGCAGUGAGAGAACCACAGCUGAUAGACACUCAGUGAUUCAGAAUGGCAAAGAGAACAGCACCGUCCCUGACCAGAGGACCCCAGUCGCUUCAACUCACAGUAUUAGCAGUGCAGCCACGCCGGAUCGAAUCCGCUUCCCAAGAGGCACUGCCACCCGUAGCACUUUCCACGGCCAGCCCCGGGAGCGGCGAACGGCAACAUACAAUGGCCCACCCGCCUCACCCAGCCUGUCCCACGAAGCCACACCGUUGUCCCAGACUCGCAGCCGGGGCUCCACGAACCUCUUUAGUAAAUUAACUUCAAAACUCACGAGAAGAUCCUACCUCAGAAAUGAGAUCUUUCUAUGAAAGUUGGGUGGUAGAAGAUGGAGCCAGGUACCACUCACCUGGCUGUUUACCUCCCUAUCCGGCUUAGUGUCACAGAUGUUUCCCUCUCAGAGCCCUGAGCACAGAAAGAAUGUGCCAGCAGUCAGGUUUCUGUGAGUUCAGAAAAGGAAGCUUUGUGUCCUCAUAGUUUGUUACAUAAUGGUUCUUUAAAUAAAACCUUGCACACUCAGAUCUUUGAGAUGAUUUGAUUAUCUUUGUGCCCUUUUCUGAUAGUUUUAAGACUGCCAUUAAUAAGAAUAUCAGCUGCUGUUUAGAUGCUUACCAUGUGCUAAGAUAGAUAAAGAUGCAUGUCCAUAGAUAUACUCAUUUUACACAUACAAAUAUGUGUGUGAUCUAGUAACAUAUAUAUACACUCCCUUUGAUUCAUUGAAUCUCCACAGUCCACCCUGUAGGGUAGAGAUUCCCCAUUUUAUAGAGGAAACUAAAGAUGAGGUUCUGAGAUUAAGGAAUGCGUUCAAGAUUCCUACAGCAAAAAAGUGCCUGAGCCAGGUUGGUGGAUCUCCAGAGAGGCCUGCAAGGUGCUGCGCUGUGCCCUUCAUGGAGAGCUUUGCAAAGACCUGUUGGCAGGCAUGUUCCUGGUCUCUAAUUUCUAAAUACAUUUAUUUUGUGUUUGAAUUGAAAUUGGAAACAGGUUGCUUGUUUUUAAAAAAUUCUUGGGGCUGGUGCUGUGGCGCAGCAGGUUAAAGCCCCAGCCUGCAGUGCCGGCAUCCUAUAUGGCCACCAGUUCGAGUCCCAGCUGCUUCACUUUUGAUCCCACUCCCUGCUAAUAUGCCUGGGAAAGCAGUAGAUCUCCCUCUCCCUCUCCCUCUCCCUCUCCCUCUGUAACUCUUUCAAAUAAAUAAAAUAAAUCUUUUUUAAAACAAUUAUUAUUUUACAAUUCCCAGUCCAUUUCUACCCCAAAUUUUUACAGAAAGAUAGCCUUUUCCCUGAUUUUGUUUAAAGUUUGCAAACAGGUCUGUCUUCUCCCUUAGUACUAGCCACUUUGUUCUUAAAAAGAAUUAAAAUCCUUGCUGCUACAUUGAAACGUCUAUCCUCCCCUUAGCAAUCACUGCUAGAAUUAAAGUGGCAAUGCCUGAAAAGCCAAGACGUCUGUACAUAGCUGCUGCCUGUGAGGGAUGCUGAGCUGGUCAGGUGUGAAGAAGGCUAGUGUCAGAAGACCUGCCCUCAGAGCAGCUGGCUCUGGAGGACUGUGCCUCUCCCCUGCAGCAGGCCCAGCCCACUCUGAGGGCCUGGAGACCCUUUCCCCAGUAGCACCACAGCCCAGACACAGUGCCUCUGGGCCCCAGCUGGAUCUGUGUGGUUCCAGCAAGAAUCCAGAUGGUUUGGUCUCCAUCCCUCAGCUUCGUCCAAGGUCUUCCCUCUGUUGGUAUGUAGUGGUCAUGGGAGAAACAGCUAAGACAGGUGGUCAUGGAGGUUUUAGCUAGUAACCCUGGGAAAGGAAAGUAUAUAGUAAAGACAUUUUAAUCAUUUUCAAAUAAAUGUUCAAAUGAUACCACCUUGUA